AGAUCGGUCUCAGUUCACAAAUGUGCGGAGUCGCGAACGAUCAAAAACCUACGCGUUUACGAAAUACGCGUUGAAAUAAAACGAAACGGUGACCGCACACCCGAUAUGACGAGACUUUUAAUCACUUGUUUAUCGACCACCCUCCGCGAUCGCAAUUUUCAUAAACCACGAGAUCUCAUCAAACAGUGCAACCGUGUGCAUAGAUUACGUAAUCGUUUUCAACACCACCUCGUGCAGUUACUCGGAUAAUUUCAGUCUCAGACCAGUGACCACUUCUAAGUGCUAGUUAGGUUCCUAUAUGUGCUGUGUGUUGAAAAACAAAACUGACAUUGGUGCUAUUUUAAAGUGAAUGCCACAGAAACGUGUUUUUGGCAAAAUGCCAAAUAUUAUUACGGCAGUAAACAAACAAAUUAGAGUUGUAUAACAAAAUUGGCAUGUUUCAUAUUUUUAGUGCAGUGUUUACGCAGAUGAGUUCAAGCGGGAUAAAGACUGCGAAAUGUCGAAUAAAGAGGAAUCGAGUGAUAGUGAUGGCCCUGUAGUAAAUGACAAUGUAAUACGUAUUCAAUUACGAAAGCCGACCCACAGAAAAUGGGAAUUGCGGACGCGAAAUCUAUCCCCCGGGAUUAAGUUUCCCACUAUUCAGCUGUUCGACAGCGAAGGGAAUUUACUUGUGGAAACAAAUGAUGAAAACAUAUCAGUAAAGAGCGUAUGUUAUGAUGAAACUAGUUUAAAAAGUAGUCAAUCAUUAAGAGAAAAAGAAUCUAAGCGAACAGUUUAUACACAUCCUAUACGAAAACAAUAUACUAUUUCGGGCGAUAGAAUUUACACGCGAAUAUACAAAGGGUCAGGUUUUAUUAGUAAUGAAAGAGAAAAUUGUGAUAAGAAUUUAGUUGUAGGACAUAUAGGUUCUCAAAACAUUCCAAAUAAACAGAAAGAAAACCGUAGCGUAAAUAGUUUAAACUCAAUUCUUGACACUACGCCGUUUAUGUCAGAUUAUGAUGUAAGUAGUUAUAAAAGUUCAGAUAACGAAACAAACGAUGAUUUGAUUUGCGCAAAAAAUCACACACCAGAACGUUGCAUACAGAAUGAAAUAUCUGAGGAAAUAUACGAAAAUAAUGUAAAUAAAGAUAAGGAAAAUAACAUAGCCGGUCUCCACGGAUCUCAAUCAUUUACGGAUCCGGUACCAAAAUAUCGUUUAAGAGAUACAGACGCCGUACAGCGUUCCCAAUCUGGAAUUAUUUAUAAACCUCCGCCCAAUAAGGUUUCCUUUCUAAAUACUUACCUUAAAAGCAUAACCGCACGCAGGGCGUCCAAUACCGGGUUCAUUUUAUUUCGUCCCCCAAUUAACGACUCUCCACAAAAUUCACGUAACACCACCAAGGCUGUUCCUAAUUUAAACUGCGAGAGAUCCUUUAAAUCGGAUAUCACAGACAAUGAUUACAUUAAUAUUCCAACGGACGUAGCGGCUGAUUCCGUGAUGAAAAACCGUUUAAAAAUCUAUCGGCGCGGUAUAUCCGAGAUCGGAAUGUACGAAGAAAGUACAAGUAUAUCUGGGAAGAAAAGACGGCAUUCAGUGAGUACAAUGCAGAUUAGCCGAAGUUCAUCCUCGGAAAGUGUAGACGAAGCGGAUGUGAUACUAAAUCGCUUGAGGCGUAGGAUAGUGAAGAAUAAGUUGAGGGAAAAACGACGUAGUGUCGGUACUAAGCUCCUUGAUAAAGAAGAUCGCUAUCAGCGUGCGUCAUCGGAUGAGUGGCGCAAUGCGGGCCGCGGAGCCCUUGUGAGGUCCACCCUCGCAAUGGGCUCCAAUAUCAGCCAGCACUCUGCCAAGGGUCUGAAGGGUCGCCGCGCACGAUCCAGCGGUGAUCUGUGUAAUGGCGAGACGAAAAGUCAAACAGAAUCCUCAGUAUGCGGCUCGGUUGUCGGCGAUGUUAUGGCCUGGAAUAGGUCAUUGCCAAACCAUCUGGAUGGAAACCGACACCUAGCCGACUACAGUCGCGUGAAUAAUAACUAUGGGGAGUUCGCGACGUAUAGGUGCCAUCCGAAGGGCGGGCGAGGACUUCGAUACAGGAUUUCUAAGUCUGGAUCCGAUGCAGAACCGGUCUGGAAGCUCCAGGACCCAGGCUUCGAUCAAGGUUAUGGAUCUGAGCGUUCGCCUGAAGAUGACUAUGUUCCUCCAAUACCACCAGCCAUUUCACUAGAAGAGUAUGAAGCGGAAUUGCGUGCCAUAUAUCCAUUUAUUACUGAUGAUAACUCGUUUACAGUAGUAGUGGAGAAAGACGGCCGGGGGCUUGGGAUGUCUGUGUGCGGGGGAGGGGGGUUGGUAAGAAUCAGAAGGCUAUACCCACCGCAGCCUGCCUGGAGGACCGGCCAGCUCGCACCAAAGGACCUGCUGCUAUCUGCAAACGGUGUACCACUGGCUGGACUAAGCACCUAUGAAGCAUUGGAGGUACUUCGAACAGCUGAAGCUCGAGUGGAAUUGCGCGUUUGCCGACCUCCCAAUGAUGUCUUAGAAAGUAUUACACCGCCGGACCCACCUACACCUCCGGCAAGGACUCCCCAUCCACCACACUUGCCGCUGGAUCCACUUAAUUGUCAUCCUUUACAUGCCAGGUUAUCACAAACAACAAGUAGCGCAACCACAUCGUCAUCUGAAGGGCGUGGGCGACGGGAUGCGAGCCCUGAAGAUAGACGCCACGACCUACAAUUACCUGAUCUGGAUCGGCCUUUGCCAAUAUAUGAUAUUCAAUAUGGGGAUGAUGGAUCGGUGGAGUUUGACAUAGUAAUGACAAAGGUGAAUGGUUCUUUGGGAUUUACCCUUCGUAAAGAAGAUCACAGCGCUUUGGGUCAUUACGUACGAGCCCUGGUGCGAGAACCAGCGUUGAGUGAUGGACGAAUACAACCUGGUGAUAGGAUCGUUGCGGUUAACGAUACAUCGAUGUCAAACAUGUCACACGCAGACGCCGUGGCCUUCCUCAGGGCGUGUGGCUCAGAAGUCCGACUUCGCUUGUACCGGGAUCACGCUGCCACACCCCUCUCUCCCAUGUCACCCAAAGAGGAGGUCCCUACUGAUUCUGAUCCACCUCUGAAUAAGCCUAAACCCCCGUUACGAGCGGAAGCAGUGUCGAUGCUAUGUGACCUCGCCGCCCGUCGCCUCACACCAGACGCCGCAGACGGGUCUCGCUCGCCCUGUCUCUCUCCACGAAAGUUCCGCAAACUAACUAAAGACAACAAUCACUAUGAACAGCCCAAUGAUUUGCCAAGAAGAAGUGUUGAAGAACCAAAUUUAAUUGUAACAAAAAUAACAAAUUCUACUGUGUAUCUGGAAGAAGUUGACUCGGUAGAAAAUAUGACAUGUACGUGCCUACCUCCACUUCCUAUCGAAUCUGAAGUGACACUUGAAGAUAUUGAACAUCUUUUUCAAGAAAAAGAAGAAAAGGUGGAUCGUGAUUCAACUGUCCCAUUAAGACCGCCAAGAAAAAAGGCCACUAAGAAGUCCCAUGAAUUAUUAGGCAAACAAAGUUCAUUACAAAUAGAUGAAAAACAGCCAGCUGAAAAAAGACACAUAAGUUGUGAAGUGCGGGAUGACUUAUUUAUAUUAAAAUCAAAUUUAAAUGAGCUAGAACAAUUCUUAACGCAAUCAAUUAUUAAUUAUUCAAAUUCACUCGGCCAGUUAUCCAGUGAAACCAAACCACCCAGCAACGUGAAAGGAGAGGAAAAUAAUAAAAUAUCACCAUUAGACCCAAAUGUAAUCGAAAACUAUUAUGAAAAUGUUGUUGGUCCUCUUAAUAUAAAAUUUGAACAGGAACGCGAAGUAGAAAAGGAUCCUUCAAUUGAUGAAACUUUAAAAAGUAUUCGUGGAGAAACAAAGAAUGAUGAAUCUCCGUUACAAACGUUUCCUUGUACAUGUUCUUUCACUGUGGAAGAGUUGAGAAAAUUUCAUAAAGAUGGACUUUUACCUUCAUCAAUCAAAGAUGUUAAACAAGACGAUCCAAUGUUUUUAGAUAGUCCUGAACAAACAACUACUAAUUUACCAAUAAGCGGCCAACUUUUAACUAAAAAUAAACACUUACCCAUUCAAAGAUCAAAAACGCAGAGAUUUACGAGAUCGCACUCUAUUCGAAAGCGUCUUCUUUCUAAAAGAUUUAAAUCUAAGACAAUAAAUGGACCGAUAUAUUUGGAAAAAAAGGCUGAAGCAACUCUCCUCGAUCAAAGUAUCAGCCAAUCGGUAGACGAUUAUAAAACUGAAACAUCGGAAGAGGUUAAACAAACAGUAGUCGACACAUUUAUAGAUUGUAGACCAGAAAGACCAAACUUUUUAGUCAUAGGUGCACCAGAAGAAGCAAAAACGGAAAUUCAAUUAGAUGAAGCUAGUGGAACAAAACUUAAAAAGCCCGUGCUCACAAGUCCCACGACCCCGCCCUCAUGUAGAGACCAAAAGCUAAGCCUGACAGUUAUACCUCAGAACUAUGAGUUAAACAACUUGGAUAACGAUACUCUAGAUGCGCCAAACGCAUAUCAGGAGCAACAAAGAUACGAGCCGGCGUUUUCAGUUGAUUCUGAUGAACCGGCAUCAAUGCCAGCCGAGCUAUCAAGCGAUGAGAGAUUCAAGCACUCGAAUCCGACGUACCAAAGUGCGGUUUUACAUAGCUCUACUACCGACAGUGCGUCAGAUAAAGACGAGGGAAAUGGGUUGAAAAAGUGGAAAGGUGUCGCAUUAUCACCCGAUAACGAGAGAAAGAUUAAACCACUUGUCACAGAUGCUAUACCAAAGCCCAAAAUUGACACCGUCCAGAAAGAAAACAUAAACCCUGAACCACCAGUCGAGGCUGAGAGCACUGAACCUACGAUAGUGACUGUAGAACUGAACCGCGGGUGGAACAGUCGUCUGGGGUUCAGCGUUCAAAGCCAUCCUGAGUCGGGGCAGAGUUACAUCUCCGCGGUCUAUAGCGACAGCGUCGCCGCGCGGGACGGUCGGCUAAGACGUGGUGACGUCAUUCUUCAGGUAAACGAUGAAAACGUAACAUCUAUGAAGACACCAGAAGUUAUAGACUUACUCAGAAUUUUACGAGGCUCCAUAUGUAUCACAGUUCUGAGACCGAAUACACAAUAAUGGCACAAAAAUCGCAAAAAUAUUUCAGUGUAUUUCCAAUAUAAUUAUAUUGCACUAAAGUCUAUAAUGAAUAUUUUAAAUAUAACCUUGAAAAUAGUUAUUUACAAUAUUAAUAUAAUGUGCGUCUAAGAGCAAUAAAUAGUUCUGAAAAAAUA